AUGAUCGUUCAGGAAUAUUCUUCACACAUGGUCUGGGGGACUGGAAAAACGUAUUUGUACAAAGCAUUGCUUGCCAACAUUCGUUCUCGUGGUCUCAUUGCUCUUGCCACUGCUUCUUCAGGUGUUGCAGCUAAUAAUAUGCUUGAGGGGAGAACAGCUCACUCCCGAUUUAAAAUUUCCCUUAAUCAUGAUAACAACUCCAUGCGCAACAUAAAAAAACAAAGCGGGACUGCUAAAUUGCUACGGGAUGCAAAGAUAAUCAUUUGGGAUGAAGCAUCAAUGGCUAAGAGGCAGACGGUGGAGGCGCUUGAUCGAACAAUGCAAGACAUCACAGGGGUGACACUACCAUUCGGUGGAAAAAUAAUGGUUAUGGGAGGUGAUUUUAGACAGGUCUUACCGGUCGUGAGACGUGGAACCCGAGCACAGAUUGUAGAUUCAAGCCUACGAAUGUCACCUCUUUGGUCUUCAAUUAAAAAAAUACGUUUAACUCUCAAUAUGAGAGCACGAAGUGAUCCAUGGUUUUCAGAUUUUCUAUUACGAGUGGGUGAUGGAGAUGAAGAAAUGAUGGAAGAAAGCUUUAUACGUAUUCCCGAUGACAUGGCCAUUGCCUAUGCUGAUAAAGAUAAAUCAAAGCAUGAUUUGAUUGACGCAAUAUUUCCAUCUCUGCAAAUCAACGAAGCAGAUUCAAACUAUAUUGUUUCAAGGGCGAUAUUAUCAACAAAAAAUGAAAAUGUCGAUGAAAUUAAUGAUCAGCUGAUUGAUAGAUUCUGCGGCGAUGAAAAAGUUUACUACAGUUUUGAUGAAGCAGAAGAUGACAUAAAUAACUUCUAUCCAAUGGAGUUCUUAAACUCGCUGACUGUCAGGGGUUUGCCCCCGCAUUACCUCCGGCUCAAAAUUGGAUGCCCAAUAAUGCUAUUGCGGAAUAUCGAUCCCUCUAAUGGCUUAUGUAAUGGAACAAGAUUGAUAAGUAGAGGUUUUCAACAUAACGUAAUCGAUGCAGAAAUAGCUGUUGGUCAGCAUGCUGGAAAGAGAGUAUUUUUGCCGAUAAUUCCUCUUUGUCCAUUUGAAGAUAACAUGUUCCCCUUCAAAUUGAAGAAAAAACAGUUUCCAGUCCGGCUUAGCUUUUCUAUGACAAUCAAUAAAGCUCAAGGACAGACCAUUCCUAAUGUAGGUGUGUAUCUAUCGGAAUCAGUAUUCUCUCACGGACAACUUUAUGUGGCGUUAUCAAGAGGGACAUCACGUGAAAAUACAAAGGUAUUAGUAAAGUCUGCCAAAAAUUUCAAUCGUGACGGAGUUUACACAUCAAACGUGGUGUAUCAAGAAGUUUUACGCGAUUAA